AAAGAACCACUCGACGACACCCGGACCCGACCUGCCCCGGACCCCGCGACCGCCCGACUCCCCCGCGCUCCGCCCAUCAUCCGCCCAUCCCCUCCGGCCUCCUCCUCCUCCUCCUCCAGAUACCCCGGCGCCGGCACCACACAACACACAACAGACACAUACACAACCAUGGACAAGCUACUACGGCGUGUGCGCAUGGCCGAGGGCAUGGUCGCCCGCCGCGCCGAGCGCAAGAAGACCGUAAUGAAGCGCAUCACCCAGAGAAAGACGAACAAGAGGGAGGGCGAGACCUUUACCGAAGCCAUUCGACAAAGGAAGGCCGCCAUCGAGGCUCGCAAUGAGGACUGGAUGUUGGGUCCCCUCGCUCCCCGCCGCGAACUCGGCGAGAUCAACCCGUACACGCAAAACUACUACGGCACCCUCUCCCCCACCCGUGUCCUUCUCGAGAACAAGGUCUCGGAAGAGGAAAGGAAGGCCCGCGUUGCCUGGUGCGGCUCUCCCAAAUUCCUCUGCAUCGCCCCCGGCGACCGCGUCGUCGUCACCGAAGGCCACCACAAGGAUGUCAUCGGCACCAUCGAGAAGCUCAACACCAGGAACAUGACAGUAGAGAUCAAAGCAGAGAAACUUAAA